AAAGAAAACUAUCAACAACCUUGUGUGUUCCAUUUCACACACACACACACCUGCAAAUUGAAAUUGAUAGUGUAGUGAGAGGAUGACGAGUAACGGUGAGAAGAAGUUGCAGCUGUAUUCCUAUCACAGGAGCUCCUGCUCUUUCCGUGUUCGCAUCGCUUUAAACUUGAAAGGAUUUGAUUACGAGUACAAGCCGGUUAAUCUGCUUAAAGGAGAACAAAAAACCCCUGAGUUUCUAAAGGUGAAUCCUAUUGGAUACGUGCCUGCAUUGGUGGAUGGUGACUUAGUCAUUGCUGACUCUUUUGCAAUCAUCAUGUACCUUGAAGAGAAGUAUCCUCAGCAUCCUUUGCUGCCUCGAGACCUUGCGAAAAAGGCAAUCAAUUACCAGGCUGCAAAUAUUGUUUCUGCAAGCAUACAACCUCUUCAAAAUCUAGAUGUUUUGAACUACAUUGAGGAAAAAGUUGGUCCUGAAGCAAAGAUGCCAUGGGUACAAAAGCAUAUUGGUAAAGGAUUUGCAGCACUCGAGAAAUUACUACAAAAUCAUGCUGGAAAAUACGCCACAGGGGAUGAUCUUUUCCUGGCUGAUUUGUUUCUGGCACCACAAAUCCAUGGUGCAAUAAAGAGGUUCAACUUUGACAUGACACCAUACCCUCUUCUCGGUAGGUUGCAUGAGGCAUAUAUGCAGGUACCUGCUAUCCAAGAUGCCUUGCCUGAGAAUCAACCAGACUACCCUUCUACUUAAAGAUAAUAAUAAUUCAGUUGUGUGAAUCAUGUGCAAGAUGAGUUAUAGUUGAAAGAGAAUGGUUCAUACUUGGAUGUAUGAACCCUGCUCAAAUAUAUGUAUACGAUCAAUAAUGAAUGUGAACGUUUAUGUAUGAUGGUUUACCGUUUAUGGAGGAAAGGUUACUCACUUUUAUUCCAUAGUUAUUAUUUCAUUGGAACAGUA